AAGAACUACGCAGGCGCCUUUUGGUCGCGCCAGACCCUACAACUCAAACACCGCCCUAAGCGCAGUACCACGCAGGCGCUACAUCGUUCCUUUGCCAACUACCCACCCCCUUUUAAGAGGCCACUGGGAUACAACCCAGGGUCUAAUGCGCAAGCGUCGCGCUUUCCAACUCGCGGUCGGGUCUCGUUACGCAUGCCCGGGCGGCGGCGGGAGACCACGGCCUUUACCGCCGGAAGUGCCGCGGUUAUCACCACCGAGAGCUGGCUCGGCUAGCCAAAUCCACCGGAGAGAUACUUGUGCGCCCUGCAAAGAAAAGGAGACUAUCCUAAAUCAUCGCUGCUCGGGAGCGAGCUUGGAGAAGUGAGGAGGCGUGUCUAGGGCCGCCUGUGCUUCCUCUCUUGGAAAGCGCGAAAAGAGAGCCGGUCACUGCAGCCUGCGAACCAAGGCGUUCUUUUGCUUGCCCCAGAACAGUGUUGUGCUGCUGCCUCGAGACUGAACGAAGUCACAUUAGCACAGAAGAAGCACUUAAAUUCUGGAAAUAGCAACUGUCAUGGCCAGCAGUCUUAAUGAAGAUCCUGAAGGAAGCAGAAUUACUUAUGUGAAAGGAGACCUUUUUGCAUGUCCCAAAACAGACUCUCUAGCCCACUGUAUCAGUGAGGAUUGUCGGAUGGGUGCUGGGAUAGCUGUCCUCUUCAAGAAGAAAUUUGGAGGGGUGCAAGAACUGUUAAAUCAACAAAAGAAAUCUGGAGAAGUGGCUGUCCUGAAGAGAGAUGGGCGAUAUAUAUAUUACUUGAUUACAAAGAAAAGGGCUUCACACAAGCCAACUUAUGAAAACUUACAGAAGAGUUUAGAGGCCAUGAAGUCCCAUUGUUUGAAGAAUGGAGUCACCGAUCUCUCCAUGCCCAGGAUUGGAUGUGGUCUUGAUCGUCUGCAAUGGGAAAAUGUAUCUGCAAUGAUUGAGGAGGUAUUUGAGGCAACGGACAUCAAAAUUACUGUGUAUACACUCUGAGAGAGAAACAUUGGACGUGUUCAUGUUCUCCUGUGUCAUUCCUACUCGGCCAUAGGACUGAGCAAACUGAUCUUAAAAUGGGCAGUGGAAAAUUUUCACAUGAUGUAGUCUGUGUCAUAGGCCAACCUUGGGUGGUUGAAUUCCAGCAUUUGGACUGGGACUCUGGAGGAGGGAUUGCUUGGGAUAUGUUUCUUUUCUUUUUGUGGGAGGUCAGGAGUAGGUAGCCUGAUACUGGGCCUCAAAUUAGAGUUGGGCCUGGAAACCAGAAAUUUGGGCCUGUGACCUCUGUUUGCUCCGGUAUGCUACCUGAUUUGUUUGGCUGGCCACUAGGUGGCAACGUUGAUUGUUUCUUUGCUAUUUAAGAGAAAUUUCAGGACGUGAACAUUUGAGUUACUUGUGCAUCUUUUGUGGUUUGUGCACUUAACUUGGCAUUAUUCUUGAUAAUAUUCAUCCUGGGAGAGAAUCAUGUUUUGUUGUUUUGUUUUUAAUACAAAAUUGAAUCCUACAUUGUUAACAAGGAAUUUGUGACAAAAAUAGAAAAAUAAAUCUCUUUUCCUUGGGGUUCCAUGA